AUGGUAACUCCCAGACAGACAUUGCUGUAUUUGGUACCUGGCCCUGUGUAUCUGGUAACAGGACAUCCAAUGGUAACUCCCAGACAGACAUUGCUGUAUUUGGUACCUGGCCCUGUGUAUCUGGUAACAGGACAUCCAAUGGUAACUCCUAGACAGACAUUGCUGGAUUUGGUACCUGGCCCUGUGUAUCUGGUAACAGGACAUCCAAUGGUAACUCCCAGACAGACAUUGCUGUAUUUGGUACCUGGUCCUGUGUGUCUGGUAACAGGACAUCCAAUGGUAACUCCCAGACAGACAUUGCUGGAUUUGGUACCUGGCCCUGUGUAUCUGGUAACAGGACAUCCAAUGGUAAUAUCCCAGACAGACAUUGCUGGAUUUGGUACCUGGCCCUGUGUAUCUGGUAACAGGACAUCCAAUGGUAACUCCCAGACAGACAUUGCUGUAUUUGGUACCUGGUCCUGUGUGUCUGGUAACAGGACAUCCAAUGGUAACUCUCAGACAGACAUUGCUGUAUUUGGUACCUGGCCCUGUGUAUCUGGUAACAGGACAUCCAAUGGUAACUCCCAGACAGACAUUGCUGUAUUUGGUACCUGGCCCUGUGUAUCUGGUAACAGGACAUCCAAUGGUAACUCCCAGACAGACAUUGCUGUAUUUGGUACCUGGUCCUGUGUAUCUGGUAACAGGACAUCCAAUGGUAACUCCCAGACAGACAUUGCUGGAUUUGGUACCUGGCCCUGUGUGUCUGGUAACAGGACAUCCAAUGGUAACUCCCAGACAGACAUUGCUGUAUUUGGUACCUGGCCCUGUGUAUCUGGUAACAGGACAUCCAAUGGUAACUCUCAGACAGACAUUGCUGUAUUUGGUACCUGGCCCUGUGUAUCUGGUAACAGGACAUCCAAUGGUAACUCCCAGACAGACAUUGCUGGAUUUGGUACCUGGCCCUGUGUAUCUGGUAACAGGACAUCCAAUGGUAACUCUCAGACAGACAUCGCUGUAUUUGGUACCUGGCCCUGUGUAUCUGGUAACAGGACAUCCAAUGGUAACUCUCAGACAGACAUUGCUGUAUUUGGUACCUGGCCCUGUGUAUCUGGUAACAGGACAUCCAAUGGUAACUCUCAGACAGACAUCGCUGGAUUUGGUACCUGGCCCUGUGUAUCUGGUAACAGGACAUCCAAUGGUAACUCUCAGACAGACAUCGCUGUAUUUGGUACCUGGUCCUGUGUAUCUGGUAACAGGACAUCCAAUGGUAACUCUCAGACAGACAUUGCUGGAUUUGGUACCUGGCCCUGUGUAUCUGGUAACAGGACAUCCAAUGGUAACUCCCAGACAGACAUUGCUGGAUUUGGUACCUGGCCCUGUGUGUCUGGUAACAGGACAUCCAAUGGUAACUCUCAGACAGACAUUGCUGGAUUUGGUACCUGGCCCUGUGUGUCUGGUAACAGGACAUCCAAUGGUAACUCAGAUAUUGCUGUCAGGGACUGGCCAGAACUGGUGGUCCAUGAGGCUUUGUCUGGGGGAGGGUCUGGCUGUGUUAUUAGGGGAGGAUGGUGAUGGGAGAUAACCCCCCACUGAAUUCAUUCAUCCCAUCCUCCUCUGGAGCCACUGGUAACAAAGCGUGAGCUCCCAGACUGUGCUCUCCACUUCACAGAACUCACUUGACAAUCAGCCAAAAGGGGCAGGUUGCAGCUUCCUAUACCUCCCCCUCCUUCUCCAGCAAGCCUUGUGGACUCAGGACUUCACAGACUGCCUGCCUUCUGCUUGCAUUGCUGUACUGGGCACUGGGCUCAUCUCUCUACUAUACUUGGCAUUGCUAUACAGGGCACUGGGCUCAGCUUGUACUUGGCAAUAGUAACUCUGGGCACUGGGCUCACCCCUCUACUAUACUUGACAUUGCUAUACUGGGCACUGGGCUCAGCUUGUACUUCGCACUGCUGUACUGGGCACUUGGUUGGAGAGAGUAUACUCUGGGCAGAGAGAGCCUUCUGUCUGGGGGAGGGAAGGUACAGCGUUUGGAGAUGGACUCUAGGCAGCUGACAAUGUUCUCCUUGCUGGCUGUGCUGAGUUCAUUACAUGGAGCUCUGUGUGAGUUACAGGGUGAGUAGCUCUGGCCAUUGAUACAAUGUAUAUUCUAAUAAGAGAGUAUAGAACUGUAUACACACUUUAUUCUGUAUUGAAAGUAACAGAAACAUGUUUUGGGGGAAUGCUGUUGGUUUCGAUCAUUCUGAUAUGUUAUUGUAAGUUAUAUCAUUGGGGGUUUACAGGGUGUGAAUGAUAGAGCACUGACCAUAUACUCACAUUGUAAAACUAUAACAAGUUUAUUAGAUCGUGUUCUACAUCUGUUAUUUUGGUGUAACAUGUUCUGUCCCAUUGUCACUGUGAAUAAGAUCCCUGGGAGUUCAUUCCUGGCUUUCGUUGGCUUUUGUUUGACAUUUCUCGGAAAAUCAGCCUUUUUACCCACCAUCUGGCAAAGUGUGAAUGUCUGAGACAGACUCACAAUGUCCCUCACAGCCCACAGGGGGUUAAAUAACACUUUCAGUGCCAGAUGGGCUUGUUAAGUGCUCUGACUCUUCAAAGAUUGCCUGCAGUCUCCCCCUUUAAACUCUAAGCCCCUAAAUAUUACACACUGCAAUGUAUUGGCCCCACAAUUUAGUGCUCAGGUGAUUGUUAGGGUCGUUAACCUUUUUAUUUUAAGUGCAAAACGUUGGGUAUCCCUGUUGGCACUCGAAGGGUUAAACCACAGACAGCUCAAGUAUUGGCUAAUCCCAUCAGGACCAGAACCUUCAAAAUCUGUUUAUAUCAAUAAAAUACAGUGUGCUAUUGGUCAGGAAGGGGUUAAUCAGCCCAAAUCUGGUUAAACAAAGAUCUUUCAGUAAUUCAGCUGAUAAAAUAUCUCUAGGCAGAGUGCUAAAACCAUAUCCUUAAAGUUUAAUGAGAAUAUUUUAUUGCUUAGAUUAGGAAUAAUAUUAUUAUUAUAUUUAUUAUUUAUAUACAGUAUAUACCAGUAUGUUCUCACUGAGAAAAUAUUUACAUUAUAAAAACAAAUGUGACAUGAAUAAGUAUCACUGAUAAAAUAAAUACUUUCAAUUACUGUCUGCGGUUUAUUCUGUUUUCUGUUAAAUUUGGAGAAAUGACAGGGAAUGCAUUUGUAUGCGCAAACAAUAGAAAAAAAAAUAAAUAAAAAUAGCUGUUUUGACAUAACUUUUGUAAUUCCACCAUUCUCUGGCACGCUAGUUUAGGGAAUAAUAUAUAUCAAUAUAGGAUAAGGAGUAAAUCUCCAAAUGAAAUAAGGGUUUGACGCAUUUCUGUAUGUUCUUUGGAUUUUGUUUUUAGAAUGUUGUCCUGUGUAUGGCAUAUUAUGCUCUUACAAUGUAUUGUAUACUUCCCCCCAUUUUCCAUUUAGCUGCAUUCAUCUUAAAUGUAUUUAUUUUUCUGUUCCCAUUGCGUAAUAUCAGAUGUGUCUCUCCAUAUUUUAUGAUCUAUAUGGACCUUGACAUCAGUGUUUCACAAAUCGCUGAUAACACGUUUUACUGCAUGCACAUUUAUUGAUAAAAAAAAAUAUCAAUAUUUGUUAUAAAAUAAUAUAAUGCCUCCCAUAGUUUAGAUCACACAAAUUCAGGGUGCACACAGAAAAUUCACACAACAUUGGGGGCCCCCCAGCAGUCCCACAUUUGGAACCCUGUCCUGUAUUAGUGGGUUAUCCUGGUUAUAGUCCUAGUGUUGAACAUCAGACAUUCGUUGAAAAUGGCUUUGAAAAAUGAAGGUAUUUUAUAUACGAAGCAGAUAAAGAGUAGAGUAAAACACCUUUCUAUUAUUUUCAUGGUUACGAAAGAUAUUUUGGUGUGUUCAUUCUUCUCUACCCUCUCAUAUUUUCGCAAAAAUAAAUAAAGAGGUUAAAGAAGGCAAUCAUUCUGAAGGCUUAUUCUGAUAACGAUCCAAUAGUGCUUAUUUGAGAAGAUGCACGUAUUUCCUGACAAGGAUCUGACAAUUAGCCCUGGCACAGCUUGGCUUUUAAUGUAAAUUCUGUGCCAGGCAUCAUUGAUAUAGAAUCCUUAACAUGGUGUCUUGGGAAGAUGGCCUUGCAGAUUACCCAGGAGUGCAGUGGAGCUAAUAUUGUCUGGACUUGUCUCUGCUGCACACCUUGCUGAAACUCAAUGUGAAUUCUUUAAUAGAGUUUCUUUAGGCGAAAUUAAAUGGAACUGUCCCCUAAUAUUUUACUUUUAUUGAUCGUAGAAUGCGCAUCAAACUCAAUGCUGCAUAACCCUUUUAGAUAUUUAAUAUUUAAUUUAAGCUGAAGCCUGAGGCAUAAUGUAUCCAUAGAACUAAAAAGACUCGUCACAUUAGUUUUUUUUUGCAUAUUUUGGAAAAAACCCUGAACGUGAUCUCCCUCUUGGUGAGAUCUCCUGUCUACAGCUCCUGGCGUUUAAUUCGCCAGGAGCUGUGUCAUUGCUGGACUCUCGCGCAUGCGCAACAGUGCAACACUGAGGUCUAUGCAAGGGACCGAGGGAUCCUCUAUGGAUCAACUCUUGCCAUCAGGAAUAAGAUACCCUAUUCACAUAGGCCUUCCUAGCUACAACUCUAGAAACUGACAAAACCUGCGGCACAAACUCAGUCCCCUGUCAAGUUUGUCAGUUUGGGAUUUCAAAACAAAUGUAGGUGUCACCAUUUUGUCCUAUGGUAUCUUUUGAUUGUGUUGGAAUUUUAAUGACAUUGAAAUGAUUAUUAUUAUUAUUGCCAUUUAUUUAGCGCCAACAGAUUCCGUAGCGCUUUAAAAUCUUAUGAAAGGGGGAUGUAACUCUAAAUAGGACAAUUACAAGAAAACUUACAGAAACAAUAGGUUGAAGAGGACCCGGCUCAAACGAGCUUAGAGUCUAUAGGAUUCUGUCGUUCUGAUACUCAAUAGAAAUAUUUAAUUCAUAGAGACGCCUUAAAGGUGAUGUCUCUGUAGGGACCAGUUUGAUUUAAACAUGUUUCAUUGUAUAUAUUGUAUAUAUAUUGGACAUAGUCUUAAAUUAGAGGGACAAAGGUUUAAAAAUAAUAUCAGGAAGUAUUACUUUACUGAGAGGGUAGUGGAUGCAUGGAAUAGCCUUCCAGCUGAAGUGGUAGAGGUUAACACAGUAAAGGAGUUUAAGCAUGCGUGGGAUAGGCAUAAGGCUAUCCUAACUAUAAGAUAAGGCCAGGGACUAAUGAAAGUAUUUAGAAAAUUGGGCAGACUAGAUGGGCCGAAUGGUCCUUAUCUGCCGUCACAUUCUAUGUUUCUAUGUUUCUAUGUAUACACGAGCAGGAAAUAUUACAGAGAAAGUUUGAAAGCAGUUGAUGUUCAUGCAAGCAGUCAGCAGCCAGUGCCUUUCCUGACUAAUUAAGUGCAUUUAUAUUGCACCCAUUCUAGAUAAGAUAAACAGCUCUCCUUCCCAGACCCAGCAAGUCAAGGUUCACACAAUGCAAAACAUUCCACAGCAAUGACAUCAUGUAGCCAACCACUACACUCCUUUUUUGGCCUGAACCUCAAAUAUCCCAGCCCCGGUUAGAGUUGCAGACCCUCUGUGUGUCCUGUGUUUACCAUGCUUUCUGUGCACUCAAGGUAGAAUCGGAUUUCCAGCAUGAGACGUCAAGCUGUGUGAACUUUAUUUUAAAGCAUCUAUUUAUCUGUUAAAGUGCAAGGUUUAUUGCUUCGCAGGAGAUAUUUAAAAACAAAAAAAAAAGAUUUUUCAUUUAUUUAUUUAAAACAAAAAUGAUUGGUGAAGUGUUUUUAUUCAUUUAUAUCCACGGGAGGUGAUCUGGUAAACACACACAAUUUUACACCCAAAAAUAGCAACACCAGUGAAAUAAAUAAAAUAUAGGAAUAAGGGGGUUAUAUUCUUAAAUUCUUGUUUUAGUGCUUUACCUUUGCAAAUGAUACAUAGGAAGAACACAUCACGUGGGUUUACUGCUGAAAGCUGUGCAAUAUACUGUGUAGACAACAGCUUUCCAGAAUAAUACACAGAUAAAAAGAUUAAAAUAGAAAUAUGAUCUGCGUUAUACAGGGUAAUACUGCCAGACCUGCUUCCUCAUACCUCCCAAGUGUCAUAUUUAGUCUCUAUUUUUGGCCCAAAUCCUAUUUUCUAUCCUGGUGUCCCUCUUUUCUAGGAGCCCAUAGUGUUAGUGUGUCUAAGUGUAUAAAAGAGCUCCACAACAAUAGUACCCCCAGUAAUGUGCCUUUAAAAGAACACUAUCGACAUUCAGACCACUUCAGUACAUUGAAGUGGUUUGGGUGUAGUGUCUCUGUUCCCCUUAGUCCUGCAGUGUAAAUCAUUGCAGUUUUACAGAAGCUCCAAUGCUUACCUUGCAGGCCUAAGACUGCCUCUUGUGCCUGUCAAUCAGACAGCCACUAUACGCACUUCCUGAAUCCCAACAGACUCCAGGUACCCUAACUGACACUGGACGUCUUCACGUUUUGCAAUAGUACAUCCAGCGUCAGUGAAAUCCCAGAAGGAAAGCAUUGGCCUAAAGUGCUCCCAGCUGGGAAAGGGGACAUGACUGAGGGAGUCCAGAGGGCACUGUAGUUUUAGGAACGCGGAUUUGUAUUCUUAAAGGAACACUAUAGUCACCGAAACAACUUUAGCUUAAUAAAGCAGUUUUAGUGUAUAGAUCAUGCCUCUCAGGUUUUACUGCUCAAUUCACUGCCAUUUAGGAGUUAAACCACUUUGUUUCUGUUUAUGCAGCCCUUGUCACACCUCCCCUGGCUUUGAUUGACACAGCCUGCAUGAAAAAAAAAAUGGUUUCACUUUCAAUCAGAUGUAAUUUACCUUAAACAAUUUUAUCUCUUGUUUUGUAAAAAUAACUUUAAUCACAGUCAGGAGACUCUUACAGGGUCUAGUAAGCUAUUAAUAUAGCAGGGGAUAAUAACAUCUAAAUUAAAUAGAACUUGCAAUAAAGGAAGGAUAAACAUUAGAUGACUCUUUACAGGAAGUGUUUAGGAAGGCUGUGCAAGUCACUUGCAUAGAAGUGUGACAAGGGUUAAUAAACAAAGUGAUUUAAAUCCUAAAUGGCAGAUAAUUGAGCAUUGAGACUGCAGAGUCCUGAUCUAUACACCAAAAUUGGUUUAUUAAGCUGAAGUUGUUUUGGUGAUAAUAGUGUCCCUUUAGUAUAGAAUCCCUACAAAUUACAAUAAAUGUGUUUAGAAAUCAGUCUGUGUAAAUAAGAUUAAUUGCUCUUGUUCUAAAUUGCAUUUCAUCUGUAUAAAUUGUUAUUAGUAAGUGAUAUUACAUUUCUCAGAACAGACACACCCCUGGUCACACCCCCACUCACCCCUUCUAAAAUUAGUGUCCGUCUUUGUCCAUGAAUUGUUGGGAGGAGUGCAUCCUAUAUAAAAUAAGUUCACUCCAAGCACCUUACUAAAUUGCAUGAUUGAAUAGUUGAUGAAGCACAGAGUACCUCGCUCACUCUUACAUCUGACAGUAAUGUAGAACUGCAAAGAUUUGGAAUAUAAUCGCAGCCGAGAGCUAGCCUCCUGAGCUGUCGAUCAGGCAACCAAAACUCAGUGAAUGCCCUAAGUACAUUUUGCGCAGCACAAGCAUGUCUACUGAUGCGGUUUUGCUGCAUUUACUGUGGACUGUCCUCUGGUGGCCCCAUAAACAAGACACAAGGGAAUGGACCUGAGCUAGCAGGGGUAUCUGGAACUGUUGGGAGGUCUGCAUUUUAAUCUGUUAAAUAUGGAUCUCCAAAUACCAUUUGAUUGCCAGAGCAAGAAGGGUCUGUUUUUUUAAGUCCCCUUUAUUAGAUAUUAUGUAUUUUAUGUUAUCACUGUGUAUUAUCAGAGACAGACAUAUAUCUGAAGACAGUUUGCCAUAAAUGUUUACUCUUGCGAAAUGUCCUUGAGCCAUUAAGUAUAGUCUUUUUAUAUCCUCAAGUAUUUGUCAUGAUAUAUUCAACGACAGUCUGUUUUGUGCUACAUAUUAUCAGGGUUAUUUACAAAAGUGAUAAUUCUACUGAAUUCAAAGUGCAUUUUACAUUUUAGUCCAAAAUAGCUGAAACAUAGCUGUCUUAGAGAUUUUCCCAGCUCGUCUAUUUUGACCUUAAUUCUAAAAUUCACUUUGAAUUCUCACUUUUAGUAAAUAAACCUGAAUGAAUGACAGUAUUCACAAAAGCCACAAAAAGAGUACAGACACAUACAGACAUUGCUUAAUAUCGUACUCCAGCGUUUCUUAAUUUGUGUUCUGCAGAACCUGGGCUUCCACAAGAACCAAAUCAGGGUUCAAGGCAGCCUAUAUCCACUAUCCAGCUACCCCUGCUGCUUCAAGGCAGCCUAUAUUCACUAUCCAGCUACCACUGCUGCUUCAAGGCAGCCUAUAUCCACUAUCCAGCUACCCCUGCUGCUUCGAGGCAGUCUAUAUUCACUAUCCAGCUACCCCUGCUGCUUCAAGGCAGUCUAUAUUCACUAUCCAGCUACCACUGCUGCUUCAAGGCAGCCUAUAUCCACUAUCCAGCUACCCCUGCUGCUUCGAGGCAGUCUAUAUUCACUAUCCAGCUACCCCUGCUGCUUCAAGGCAGUCUAUAUUCACUAUCCAGCUACCACUGCUGCUUCAAGGCAGCCUAUAUCCACUAUCCAGCUACCCCUGCUGCUUCGAGGCAGUCUAUAUUCACUAUCCAGCUACCCCUGCUGCUUCAAGGCAGUCUAUAUUCACUAUCCAGCUACCACUGCUGCUUCAAGGCAGCCUAUAUCCACUAUCCAGCUACCCCUGCUGCUUCGAGGCAGUCUAUAUUCACUAUCCAGCUACCCCUGCUGCUUCAAGGCAGUCUAUAUUCACUAUCCAGCUACCCCUGCUGCUUCAAGGCAGCCUAUAUCCACUAUCCAGCUACCCCUGCUGCUUCAAGGCAGCCUAUAUCCACUAUCCAGCUACCCCUGCUGCUUCAAGGCAGUCUAUAUCCACUAUCCAGCUACCCCUGCUGCUUCAAGGCAGUCUAUAUCCACUAUCCAGCUACCCCUGCUGCUGCAAGGCAGUCUAUAGUCACUAUCCAGCUACCCCUGCUGCUUCAAGGCAGUCUAUAGUCACUAUCCAGCUACCCCUGCUGCUUCAAGGCAGUCUAUAUUCACUAUCCAGCUACCCCUGCUGCUUCAAGGCAGUCUAUAGUCACUAUCCAGCUACCCCUGCUGCUGCAAUGCAGCCUAUAUCCAGUAUCCAGCUACCCAUAAUAAGCAGCCUACCUAAUAAGCCCCAAAGUACUGAAUUAAACUUAGCGUUAAGACACUAAAGAACCAUAGCAAACAGAGAAAAUCUACCCAGGGAAAAAGUUAAAAAACACAGUAGUGCAUCGGCAUCUUUCUUUUUAUCUAAGUUUCUCUUAUACUCGUUACAUUGUAUCCUCUAAGACAUUGCUACUAUCCUUACCACUAGGACUAUUCAUAUCAGCUAUCCUUCUCUGCUAACGAGGUCUUUUUAGACCACGUUACUGCAUGCAGCCAAGAUUAGUCAUUUGGAUAGACCACGUUAUUGUCACUUGGACACAGCAUGCUCAGCGUUUAAUUAUUAUAAGACACUUUGUCACCUAUGGUAACAGAUCAUAGGGCGCCACAAUCACUUGUCUUUACCGGCUUGUCUCUAAAAAGGAGACCAAUUAUAGCCGGAGUAAGAGAUCAGUAUAGUAAAGUUUUACAAUUUAUUCAAGCAUCAAAAAAUAAUAAUACAAUAUAUACACAUAAAUUACCAUCCAAUAAAAAUAGCCUCAAUUGGCUCAGGACCCUUUGGUCAGCAGCUGAAAAAAAUACAAUAUAAAGUGCACACUGCAAAAGAACCAUAAGUAAAGGGGAGUAAAGAUAAAUGGCUAUAAAAAGCCACUAGCAUACACUAUCCCUUCACAAUAUCCACUUGGGAUAAUAGCUGUAGAUCACCCAAAUGGGAAUAGAAAUGGUACAGUAGGAGUCACUAACAAAUAGUUCCCCAAUACAGAGUUAAAGUGCAAAAACAUUCAAAGUGCCAAAUGCAUAUAACAUCAGACUGCUGAUACCAAUAAUGUAGGGUCACCUGUCACUGUGCUCAACGCGUUUCGUCGGGUGUCCGACUUCCUCAGGAGCUUGUGUUUCUGUCCCCAUAUUCCUGCUUUUAAACUUGCCGAUCUUGGCGUCGCAAUUGAUGAUCGCGCAUGUGCGGACCACUGCGAACAUAACGUCAUGAUGUUCGGACGUCGGUACCGAGCAUGCGUGUAUAACCACCGUGGAACGCAACAUAACUUUAUUGGCAAUCUGCACAUUUACACAACUGUGUCAGCAAUAUCAGCACGGCUCAAAAUCAGUGCAAUCUGUGCUUACAUCAGUGACUAAAAAAACAGCUAACAGUCAAAUCUAAACUCAAUUUUAAUAAGCAAAGGUAUGAAUGAUAUUGAAAACCUUUUCUCCAAAGAUCGAAAAGGAUAUGAUAUUAAACUGUUUCCAUAUAUACAAAAAGAAUAUAUUAAAAAAUGUAUUUCAUAGUGUUUAAAAAAUUAGACCUAUAAGUAGAAUGUAUGUAUGAAAAUAGUCCCUUCAUACAUACUACCACCAAAAGAUCACUCAGUGGAGCGCUAAAUAUCAAAUUCUUACCCCUAUUGGAAUAACGUAUAUAUCACUUUAAGGGGCAGACAGCAUAAUAAAAUCUACAACAAGAAAAUACACAUCAUGGUGCAGUAUGCUUGUAAGGUAUGAAUGGAGUGGAAGAAGAUGUAUGUCCAACUCACAUGGUAAAGAGCCUGGAGAUUGGCCAAAUCACAACAGCUGAGGUAUGUUUGGUAAUACCAGACCUUCUCCAGAUAUACAGCUCACAACAUAUGUGGAUAAAAAAGGACAAAAAUCUUAGUGCAAGUAUGUUUAAAAUAAACAAGUGGUCACAUAUAACAGUGCAUGAAUGUGCUCACCUGGAAUAGAGCCAAUUGUACUAGGCUCUAUGUAUAAGCGUGUGGUGCCUUUAAGGGAGGCACUACCCUUCUUUAGAAAAUGCAGGAAGCAGUUGAAGAUCCACUACCAGAUGUAUAAGGUAAAAGUAACUCCAAGGAAGACCACCCCAGAGACUUUUACUUUUUGGUAUCUGUAUAUACAGUUUUACUUUGCUUAAUUGUUUUUUUUUUUUAAAUAAAUUGUUACUUUUACCUUAUACAUCUGGUAGUGGAUCUUCAACUGCUUCCUGCAUUUUCUAAAGAAGGGUAGUGCCUCCCUUAAAGGCACCACACGCUUAUACAUAGAGCCUAGUACAAUUGGCUCUAUUCCAGGUGAGCACAUUCAUGCACUGUUAUAUGUGACCACUUGUUUAUUUUAAACAUACUUGUACUAGGAUUUUUGUCCUUUUUUAUCCACAUAUGUUGUGAGCUGUAUAUCUGGAGAAGGUCUGGUAUUACCAAACAUACCUCAGCUGUUGUGAUUUGAGCCAAUCUCCAGGCUCUUUACCAUGUGAGUUGGACAUACAUCUUCUUCCUCUCCAUUCACACCUUACAAGCAUACUGCACCAUGAUGUGUAUUUUCUUGUUGUAGAUUUUAUUAUGCUGUCUGCCCCUUAAAGUGAUAUAUACGUUAUUCCAAUAGGGGUAAGAAUUUGAUAUUUAGCGCUCCACUGAGUGAUCUUUUGGUGGUAGUACGAUCCACUAAGUUCACUUUUUUUCUUUCACAUUGUGUUUGUGUAGGAUUGGGAUACCUGCAUGCGUGUUUGAGCUGCUGUUCUAUUUAUAUAUUAUUGUUAAGCGCCUAAUUGCACAGAGCACCUUUUCCCUUCAUACAUAACCCGUAUUUAAUAUUGGUAUAAUAAUUACAAUUAUAAUGAUAUACUAUGCUAGACUCCCCCAUUAUACAAUAUACCAUGUUAGACUCCCCCAUGAUAUACUAUGUUAGACUCCCCUUCAUUAUAUAAUAUACUAUGUUAGACUCCCCCAUUAUACAAUAUACUAUGUUAGACUCCCCCAUGAUAUAUGUUAGACUCCCCCAUUAUACAAUAUACUAUGUUAGACUCUCCCAUGAUAUACUAUGUUAGACUCCCCCAUUAUACAAUAUACCAUGUUAGACUCCCCCAUGAUAUACUAUGUUAGACUCCCCCAUUAUACAAUAUACUAUGUUAGACUCCCCCAUGAUAUUCUAUGUUAGACUCCCCCAUUAUACAAUAUACUAUGUUAGACUCUCCCAUUAUACAAUAUACUAUGUUAGACUCCCCCAUGAUAUACUAUGUUAAACUCCCCCAUGAUAUACUAUGUUAGACUACCCCAUUAUACAAUAUACCAUGUUAGACUCCUCCAUGAUAUACUAUAUUAGACUCCCCCAUUAUACAAUAUACUAUGUUAGACUCCCCCAUUAUACAAUAUACUAUGUUAGACUCCCCCAUGAUAUACUAUGUUAGACUCCCCCAUUAUACAAUAUACUAUGUUAGACUCCCCCAUGAUAUAAUAUGUUAGACUCCCCCAUGAUACAAUAUACUAUGUUAGACUCCCCCAUGAUAUACUAUGUUAGACUCCCCCAUGAUAUACUAUGUUAGACUCCCCCAUUAUACAAUAUACUAUGUUAGACUACCCCAUUAUACAAUAUACCAUGUUAGACUCCCCCAUGAUAUACUAUAUUAGACUCCCCCAUUAUACAAUAUACUAUGUUAGACUCCCCCAUGAUAUACUAUGUUAGACUCCCCCAUUAUACAAUAUACUAUGUUAGACUCCCCCAUUAUACAAUAUACUAUGUUAGACUCCCCCAUGAUAUACAAUGUUAGACUCCCCCAUUAUAAUUGUCUUUACUGCAGAGGCUCGCCUGCACAUGCUUUGUUCUGUGUUACCCACUCACCUGGUCUUUGCUUAUACUUUGUCACUUAUAGCUGAGACAGGGCAUGGGUUGAACGCUCCUACUAUACUUGGAGCCUGACUGUAAAUAUAUGGAUGAGAGAUCUGUCUACAUAUACUGGUUCCAUCCACCAGUAUAUACUCCAGAUACUGAUCUCUAUAUAUACCCAUUUAUAGGAUUAUCCUUACCCCAGGUUUUUGUCUUGCACACGGUGGGUUGUGUUCGCACCUUUUUUAUGUGGAUUUGCUUAUAUUAUGUGUAUUUGGUUUUCAAUAGAGUCUAUUACCAGUUAUGACAUUUUAAUAAUAGAGGUAAUUCUAGUAAUAAUAGGUGGGUCCCAUCUAAUUUUUAUUUGGAGACCUAACCUCACUGGUUCUAUGUUUCAAGUGUUAAUAAAUGAAUUUGUUUAAUGUUCUAUUCAUUUGGUUACCUGGAAAUAAUAACUUGUAUCGAGAGGUUUUAAAUCUUACACAGCUAAUGGUUUAUUAAUAUGAUAAAGAGAUUCUAUUUCCGUUUGAGCUCCUGUAAUUUAUCCUCAUAUUAAAUGGUCUCUUGGAAUCCAGCAUCCUGGCAUGCAGACACAAAACAUGAAAUAUUGGCUCCAGAACUACAUUUUGUUCUCUAUUAGACGGAGUCUGCUUUGGAAAUUAAGGGAGGCCAGUAAAGGAAGAAUUAGUCAUUACAUAAACAUGCUGCUGCAGCGGCCACCCGUCACAAUAUAAUGGGUCCAGAGACCAAGAUUUGAGGAAAACACAUUUUCAAGCAGGCGUAUAUUGUAAAGGUUACCUGUGUACAAGGUACAUCACUGCCUCUAUGUGUCUUAGUGACUUAUAGUGAAUAUUAUUUUGUGUCAGAAUCUGAUUUGUAUUUGGUUAUCGGUGUGGUUAUUUAGGGGAGCUUGGCGGGCAUUUUUAGGCUUAUCGGUGAUACAAAAAAAAACGUACAUUUAAAGGGAAUCGAUUUUUGUUUUUUUCUGAGACCUACGCCAUAAUGCCACUGAAAGUGCCCUAUUUAACUCCGGGCAUUGCAGUGAUGCAGAUUAUGGAAUUCAAAGAGACAUUAUAGGCACCCAGACCACUUCAGCUCAUUGAAUUGAAGUGGUUCUGGUGCGGUGUCCCUAUUGCCCUCAGUGCUGCAAUCACUGCAGAUUUACAUCACAUUGCAAUACUAAGGCUGCCUCCAGCGCUUCCGGGAGUUUACCAAACAUCAGGUUUCCUAACUGAUGCUGGACGUUUUCAUGCCCCGCGUGCACAUUAGGUCCUUCCCAAUAGCAAAGCAUUUCUUCAAUGCUUUCCAAUCAGGAUUUCACUGAUGCUGGACGUUCUCAUGCCCUGUUAAUUAAAAACAGCUUGUAGGGCUGCAUGUGCAUGGCGCGGCACAGCGAUUUGUCAUAGUGCUUACUGUAACUCUUUAAGGAGUACACACGCAUGUACGGGACUCUGGAAAAAAUGAUCCAGUGCAUCCACUCUGCUCAUGCUGUAUUUCUUAUCAGAACCCUUUAAAACAUCAUUGGGGGAAACAUGUUGGCCAGGACGUGUUUACCUCUUUUGCACUAUGCCUCCAGUUAGUACUUUGACAGUGUUUACUGCACUAAGUGAAUGAUGAGAAGUCACUUUCUGGGAGGUGACCGCAACAGUUCUGUUUUAAUAGACAAAUAUAGGACAGAUAUUGCAUUACACAAAGGAAGUGUUGGCUGCAAAGGAAGACAGAAUGUGACCAACAUAUUAUUGAAAUAUUACAAACUGAGUAAAACGUGUUCAGUUCAAGCUACCAGUGGGAUGAAUGUGUUAAACCCAUAUAGAGGAACAUACAGAUGCAAUUUUCCUUUUAAAUCGAAAAUAGUUUUGAAGUUUGACGCCAGUUUAAGGAAAAUAGUUUUAGAUCUUUUUCUCAUGCUAGAUGACUGGACGGAGCUGAUUAUGCCCGCGUGUGGGAAAUGAAUAGUUUGGCAGGAAAAGAUAGGCACUUCGUUCCUUUGAAGUCACUUUGAAGAUGGUCCCCUUAUGUUUCCGUUCUCAUGAAACCACUUGUCUAAGGAGAAGCAAACAUUGAGGAACGUGUUAUUAACUAUCUAUUGCUGGGCUGCCUUCACCAUACCUCACUUAAUAUAAUGAUUUGGGGAUCACGUCUUACAGCAGAGCAGACCCCAAGUAAAACUCCCACACAAACACUAUUAAACAAAACUAUGAACAUUAUAUGAAACUUGACUUAAAUGUUUUUAGUUUUUUUCCAUGUGGUUUACCAUCAGCUUUUUAACACAAUUUUUUGAAACUAGAACUAGGGCCAUUUAGGUUGGGGUAUGGGGGGGAGGCUAUGUCCACCCCAUUAUUUCACUGGUUCAACCUUAAUGUAAUGGGGCCUUUCUAGUGACUGGGCAGCUGAUAUAUGUGGCAGGUGGGGCCCCAUAAUCUAAAUAGUAAUUGAGCAGAACACUAUAACGUUAUGUUCUAGUAAUCUAGUUCCGUACAGCACUGUUCCUAAACCUUUUAUGGAGAAGUACCCCUGCGAGUAUCAAUACAAAUCUAUGGAGUAGAAGUACCCCUGCCUCAAAAAGUAAUUUAUUUUGAUAUAAGUUCAAAAUUAAACAUGUAGACAUUGAUAUUUAAGUUAAUCUGAUAUUGGAGAACAAGCCUGAUUAAAGGUAGUAAAUAAUAUUUUUAAAAUAAAUAUGACAUAUUGACAUAUGUAAUCUGAAGUAUAAAAGUCACAAAAUGAGAAUAUAACACACGUAAUAGUUACACACAGAGGGCACUGACACACACACACAUUUCCACCAGAGGAAACUGACAAACACACACAUUUACACACAGAGGCCACUAACACACAUACACUUACAAGCAGAGGACACUGACAUACCCACACACAUUUACACCCAGAAGACACAGACAUACACACACAGUUACACACUGAGGACACCAACACACAUACACUUACAGAGGACACUGACAUACCCACACACAUUUACACUUAGAAGACACUGACACACACACAUUUACACACAGAGGAAACUGAUACAAACACUCAUAGAGACACAUUUUUACUGAUUUGACACACAUUGACACACACAUUAAAUGACACACAGAUUCACUGAUUUAACACAUACUUUCACUGAUUUGACAUACACUGACCCACACACAUUCAGUGACAGACACACACACUCGAUGAUUUGAUACACACACAUUCCCUGAUAGACACACAUUCUAUCACACGCUCACAAAUACUUUUUCUUAUAAUUUAUAUUGAAGUCCACCCAGCCUUCCUACGAUUGGGAGAGCUGGACUGAAUCGUUGUCCAGUGCAGUCUUGUGAAAUCUUUGUGCUCUUCCAGCACGGCUCCCUCUUGCACUGUUUAGUAAUGACGGGGUGGGAUUGACAUCAUCACCCAGCUCCUGGCAUCAUCGCAGGGCGCGAGAGGAAACAGUGCUGGAAGAGCACAGACAUUAGCGCUCCUUUGCCACCGUCCGCCUUCAUUCUCCCCUCUGGACACAGCACAUUCAGGCAGAGUAGGCACCAGUGCCGAGCAGACGUCUCCUGGGGGACCCUAAAGUGGCCAGCCCGCUUUCGAUGUAACCCCUGCUUGUACUAUGAGUACUACAGGUUAAGAACCUAUGCGGUACAGGAAAAGCAAAAACAAAAAUUGCGAAUGAAGAGUUAAGAAAUAGAAACAUUAGUUUCAUUUUCCCUCUUCUUUGUAUGCUUUCUAUAUGCUGUCUGUCAGGUGCAAAGUACAGAGUGUGUAAUAAUGACUGACAGAGAGCUCAGACGGAGGCCCUGAACUGCAGGAUAAAGAGGUGCGGAAUAAUACAUUAAAUGAAUGUACCGAACACCAAAAACACAUUUGUUAAGUAUGUUAAAUAUGUAAAUAUUAAAUUCUGCAAGUAACAGUUCCACUUUAAUUAAUAAAAGCCCCUGGAUUGAUGUGAAAGGAACAAGUCAGGCAGCGAUGGUGGAUAAUUGGCAGUCAUUUAGUUUUUUAUUUUAUUUUUUUUAUUUUUUUUUACUUCAAUUUACAUCUUCUCUGAUUUGCCAGUGGCAGAGGGUGAUGAGCGUUGUACCCAUUGAAUGAUGUAGAUGGGAUAAAUAAGGCUUUGCAAUGUUGCUGUGAUGUGAUGGUGAAUCUGUGGACCUGUUAUUCACAAAUCCCUUUAAAAUAUUAUCAAUGUAAUGUGCUAGCCACAUGACCAAGAAAAUGAAAAAUGUGCUAGCCACAUGUCCAAUAAAAAUAUGUUUGCCACAUGACCAGUAAAAUUAAAAGUGAUUUUAUUGUUAUUCACUGUUAUUUAGUCAUUCUUUCUCCAGUAUGUUUUAACUUAUUUAUCUUUCUGUAUUUUUUUCCAGGUGCUCAUUCAAACAAUUUAACCAUGAAAGGCUUCCACAGUUUUGAUGUUGACAGCGACUUUGACGAAAUCCCACUUGAUGAAUUAUUUGGAUCUGGAGAAGGAUCGGGAACUGUUGCCAUUUCUCGAAGUCUCAGUCCUAAAAAUAUAGACCAGAAAAAUGUAACAAAGGAAGCAGAGCAUUAUCUGUCCAGCGGGUGGAUGACUAUUUUUGUUCCAUCCGUAUACACAUUGGUAUUCCUUAUGGCACUGCCACUGAAUAUAAUGGCAAUCAUCAUUUUCCUUGUCAAGAUGAAGAUCAGAAAGCCGGCAGUGGUCUACAUGCUGAACCUGGCAGCAGCUGAUGUAUUGUUUGCAAGUGUGUUACCGUUCAAAACAGUGUAUUAUUACUCUGGAAACAACUGGAUGUUUGGAGCUGGAAUGUGCCGUAUUGUCACCGCUGCCUUUUACUGUAACAUGUACUGCUCCGUCCUACUCGUGACGUGUAUCAGCGUGGACAGGUUUUUGGCGGUAGUCUUUCCAAUGCAUUCCCUUUCGUGGCGCACUUUGGGCCGAUCUUCGCUGGUCUGUUUUUUAAUAUGGGUGAUUUCCAUAGCAAGCACUGUACCUCUCCUAGUGACCGAGCAAACAAAAUAUAUAGCCCGACUAGACAUCACCACCUGCCAUGAUGUACUCGAUUUGAAAGACCAGCAGAAAUUUUAUGUUUAUUAUUUUACUGCAUUUUGUUUGGUUUUCUUUUUCUUGCCUUUAAUCGUCACCACUGUCUCCUAUAUCGGGAUCAUUAGGAGGCUUAGCUUGUCAAACAUUGAAAACUCAUGCAAGAAAACACGAGCUUUGUUUUUGGCUGUUGUUGUGUUCCUGGUCUUUCUAAUUUGUUUUGGGCCAACCAAUGUCAUCUUCCUAACGCAUUACUUGCUUUCCGCAGACGAGUCUCUGUAUUUUGCCUACAUCCUGUGUGUCUGUGUUAGCAGUAUUAGCUGUUGUCUCGAUCCACUCAUUUAUUACUAUGCGUCUUCUCAAUGUCAGCGAUACGUGUGCAGUUUUCUGUGCUGUAAGAAGCUUCCUGAACCUGGCACCAGUAGUACAGGUCAACUAAUGAGCACUGCGAUGAAGAACGACAAUGGAUCAACAAGUGUCAAAAACAGCAUCUACAGAAAACUUUUGACUUAAAACAUUAUUUAAAUGUUUUUUUUUAUUUCACGCAGGUAUAUAAUCAUUUUUGUAUAGUUUUACCGCUCCGUGCUGGCCUCCUCUGGUCAUGUGACUGUACAAAAUGUCUGGUCUACCUCGAGUAGAUCAUUUUCUACUACACGGUGAGAAGAAGGUACCUUCGCAACAAGCUCAUUUCUACGGGACGUGUUCUUGGGUGAUAAAAAGAAGGAUAGAUGUGUUUCUUUAUUUCAAUACUUCAAUACUUCAAGUUUCUUUUUUUGCAGAUCAGUAAGUUAGUGUGCGUUUUGUUGAUCUGUGUGACAUUACCUAUUGGAAUGUACUAUAACCUUAGACGAGAUAUAUACAUUGUGGAUAAUCCUUAACAUGAAAAACAUUUUGUCCAUAAUAUUUUGUGAAUUGUAAUGGGAGUCUAAAGAGUUCCAUGUUAUACAGUAUGGCAUGUUUAAGUAAAUUAAUUAUUUAUAUCUAAACAUCCAAUAAGCACAGAAUAUUUUGGUCUAUCAAUCACCUGAAUGUGUGUUUGCAAAAAAGUCAUUUUGAGAAUGAGCAGGUUUUGCAGUAUAACAGGAGAUAAGAACAGGACAGUCCCCAGCUGUUGGUUGUAGAUGAAUGCCAUUAGCCAAUGUUCUAUCUUUAAAAAAUGAAGAGUAAAUAGUGGGUUUUUUCUCUCUCUACUUUUAUACCAUAAAUUAUGAUUACAUUAUUUAGUUUAAGUUGAAAUAGUUUAAACUGGUUUUGUCAAGAAUUAAUCAAUCACUAAUUGUCUUUAUCUCCAAACUAAUUGGAGAUCCUUUUCAGAUAAAUAUUAGGUUGAAAACCAGACCUUCCAACUUUAAUAUCAAGUGGGUGGCAGGUGGGCUUCACCAUGACGCAAUCAGAAUCACCGAUAAUGUUCCCGCCCACAAAGGGGCAUCAUGUCAUCCCAGCCUGUACUGCCCGAGGACGACAGUCUACCCUGCUGGGGAUUCACUGAGCACUAACCCUAAGUAACAUACCUCAGUCCUCCCCAACAGAGCUGGACUAUAAGGGGAUCAAGGGGGAAUUAGGGAAAAGGAUACAUUAUUAGAAUUUCAUGUCAUUUUUAGUACACAACUUCCAGUUGCAAACAGCCACUUACUGACUUACUUGAAUAUGUAGAUUUACAUUACAUAGUGCAAUGAUUAAAAAUUAUUCUAAAUAAAUCUAUACCAAUUUUUUUAAAACAACUUCGAAAAAAUUUGUGCUAACUGUAAUCUUUCAUCCCAUAUAUGGUACAAGGUUACAUUGACGCUCCACGCACAUUAAUCACUACUGCUUACCGUAGUGGUGAUGGUGUAAGGAAGCUAUGGGUAAUGUCUCUGCGACUUUUGUUGAAACAAUUUUCAAGGGGGGAUUGAAAAACUUGGGAUCUUCUUGGUACCUCUACUACUAAUUUCUCUUCCUCGUUAUUUCGUCAGAAUAAAACGUUAUUCAGACCUGAUGAGAACGGUUUGACUGCACUCAUAGCUUUCUUGCAUCAUCACCAAUACAAUUAACUGUAGUAAUACAAGUAUUUGUUCUAGAACAAUAAGCUGUGGUUGUUAUGGUGCUUGGAAUAUCCUUUAAAACCAGCGCACAUUUUGACUGCGACCAGUUUUACUGUUUUCUUUAAUUGAUUGGAAACUGUUCAUUCUGAGUUUAUGUUGCAAUCUCAUUGUCAGGCAGUAGAUUCGUUUUCUAACCUGUAAUUAGUUUGGAGAUAAAUGCAAUUAGUGCUUAUUUUAAUUACAUCAUUUUUAGAGAAGACCAGCUUUUAUUAUUUCAGCUAGAACUGUUUAUAUCAUCAUUCUAUAUAUCAAAGGCAGUGAAUCUCAAAAUCUUAUGAAGUAUCAGACUAAUAGCCUCCUACACACAUUCCAGGGUUCCUUGGUGAAUAUUAUUGAAUUAAUGUUUCUGACUGAUAGUUCAAUCUGGUUAAAUUAAAUUAUGGCAGACAAAUACUCAAUGCAUGACUUUAUAUUUCCUGUACUGUGGAAGACUGAAUUGUACAGCACCGAGUACACACAAAGAAUGACUAUAUUGGUUCUACUGAUACAAAAAUCAUCUACAUGAUGACUGCUGAAGUUUUACUUUUUACUGGUUGAUAUAACAGAUAAAGGUCUAGAUCACACGCACACAAAAAAAAGAUAUUUUUGUAUAUAUGUAUAUGUCUGUAUCUUUUCGAGUUUCUAUGCCCAAUAAGGGCCCCUCAAAGUUUAACUUGAGUGAUGCAGGUGAUGAAUAACAGUUGCUGUGAGUCAGACCUCAACGAUACGCUGAAUUGGCUGAAACCACUUGAUGAUUACUGGUGUUAACACGGUCAAGAAGGAGCAGGUUAGGGUAAUUGUGGUGAAGGGUGACUGGUUUCUGAAUUUCUUCUGAAGCUUGAGAUGGUAUUAUGUUCUGUUCAAACACUGUUCCUUAAUAAAUAUUGGUUAUAUGCCACGAUUUUAAGAACAAAUUUGAUAUUUAAAAAUUUUUUUAAUUCUUAUUUCCAAGCAUCUGGCAAGCCAGAAAUAGGUUGCUAUUACAAAUAUUGUAAAGCACAACUCUUACCACACUCAGGCAAACACUGAGACACACACAUAAAAGCACACGUCAUUGGUGGGCUGACUUCCAUUUGGGGGGUGAGUGAGUGUUUUAGAUACACGCACACACAUGCCAUGUGCCCAUUUAUCUCCUACUUGUUUGGACAUUAGUUUAAAGAUUAAUAACCUGUGGUUGGCAUAAUUCCGUUUUACUUUCUCAGUGUUUUGUUCUCCAUCCCAGCUUAUACUUAUAUGACGUAUGAAACAUGGAGGUUCUGCCUCACAGUGUUCUUUCGCCGGCCCAUAAAUGCUUUGUGUUUAACGUACGCUAAUCCUUUCAACUAAAUAUUUCCGUGCGGUAUAGAGUUUCUCCAUCAAUAGAUUUAGAACAAGUUAAAGUCAUAACAUAGAAAUGGAAUCCAGAAACACCGGCUACGCGAACUCACACACAGCUGAGGGCCAGACGGCUGCUUAGAACAUGUUUUCUAUUAGAGAACGCCAAGUGUAUUAGUCAUUGUGUCCGUUUAAUGUAAAUUUUCUUUAAUGUGAUUUAUAUGUACAGUUAAUUCCCUUGUUGAAAUUAGUAUGUGUGAUGUAGGCAGCUGGUUCUUUUUUCAAAUCCUCUUCUGCAAUGUUUGAAAUCCACCCCUGCCAUCCAUCUUCAUUUUUACUUUUAUAGAGCACCAACAUUUUCUGUAGCGCUGUACAGUGGUAUCAAAAUCCACUACUGUGCUCCCUUCCAUUCUAAGCUACAUUCAGAUUACUUGAUUCUCUCACGUCCUUUGGUGUAUUUGACCCUCACCUGCUAGUUUGGGCUGGGCCGUCUUAACCUACUCUUCCUGUAUGUCAAAACAUGUUUUGGUAGAAUUAAACGUUUGUCUUGUUUCCUGUUGUACAGCGCUACAGAAUAUGAUGUUGCUAUAAGUAAUUGUAAUUGUUAGUCUGACAGGGCAGACCUCUUACCAUUCCCUUGUAAAUAUGAUACAUAAAGCUUAGAGUUAGACUGGUAACACGUAAUGUUACAAAGCAAUGUUUACGGAUAUAAAAAUUGCAGUUUUGUCAAAGAUCUAAGAGUUUAGCAGGACUCUCAGAGAAAUGGGACCAAAUUUAACCCCUUAAGGACACAUGACAUGUGUGACAUGUCAUGAUUCCCUUUUAUUCCAGAAGUUUGGUCCUUAAGGGGUUAAAGCAGAUCUAUCACUUCCCUGUUAGUAACAUUUCUUUAUUCCCGCUGUUCAAGCACUUAUCAGAACAGUGCGGCAAGGAUACGUUAAAAACACCCCUCCUGUAGCACCUCCGUCUUGAGGGUGAUAUUAUCAGGACUCAAUGCUUCCUGGACUUUUGUUGGAGAAGAGGGUAUGUGUGCCUAGGCAACCCUUCAUAGUGCCAUGCAUGUGCCCUCGCACAUUGCGUGGCUUGGGUUAAAGGAAUUGACAUGCGCUGGCUGGGCCAAGAGCUGAGAAUAUUAAUGAAAUAGUAGUGUGACCCAAAGCAAACUAGAUUCAAGUAAUAUUUGCUUUUUCUGAUCAGAAUCUAUGGUGUGUAUCUGUGUGUUCGUCUGCCAUCCUUUGUUAUAGAUUUCUUCUGAAAUUAGAUCAUUGACACAAAUGUGUUUGUUCCCAAUGCUAUAAAUGAUCUGUUUUGCACUCUUGAUAACUUGUGUAAAUAUUUUGUGUAUUUUGUAUUAAUUGUAUAUUUAUAUUAUAUGUUUGGCUUUGCAUUGUACAUAUUCUCCUCUUUGCUUUUGUAAUAAAUGUUUGUGUUGCUGGGUGUUAUCUUUCUUUGUGAUUGUUUUAUGUGUUGAGUUUUAGAUUUACGUUGGCCAACAGAAAAG